AUGGCUCCUCAGCCCCAUGUAGUGCAACUAUUUCGGGAGGUCAUCUGGCAUUCACUGGACAAUGGACUGGAGAGCAAUGCGUCUUUCGUCGCCGAGCGGUUACUAGCAUACGACAACAAGGAUCCCGAUGCCAAGCAUCUUCUUGCGCUAUCAUACUUGCGGUCAGGCAAGACGCAGCAAGCAAUGGCGGUGACGGAGAAUGUACGGCAUGCUGGGUGCGCCUACAUUUAUGCGCAAUGCUGUCUGCAAGUUGGGAAGUACUCUGAGGGAAUCGUUGCUUUAGAAGAUGUGGGCUCACAAUGGGUGUCUUCCGUUACCCUGGGUGAACAUAGUGAUAGCAGCAGACGACAUAUGCCAGACGCGGGAGCCGCGUAUUGUCUGAUUGGGCAUUUGGCGAAGAAGUGCAUGAUGAUGAAGAAGGCGGUGAAUUCAUAUGUUUCGGCCGUUAAGAUCAAUCCGUUCCUGUGGGAAGCUUUCGAUGGACUGUGCCAGCUCGGCAUCAACGUUCGUGUUGACAACAUUUUCAAAGCGACGUCUCAAAUGAUUGCUGCCCGGGAUAAUAAGCAGGCCGAUGUGCCUCGGAAUGCUGCCCCCGUCACAACAACUGCGACGACGACAACAAAGGGUUCGAUAUUUACUUCGCGUCUUCCGACGGUCGAAACUCCGGACCUUUUCGUCGGAGGACCUGUUCAUCAACCAAAGCAGUUUGACUUUCGUGCGCCUGAUCCUCGUCCAAAUUUCCUGAGCCGGCUCCAAGAGAGUGAUACGCCUGGAACUCCUACAUUCGGUGGAAGCACAUCCGACGAAGAUGAGAGUUUCAUUGGUCUUGGUGCCUCUAAACCAACUUCUUCUACGUUGAAGCCUGCUCAGCCGCGUGUGAAAUCAAGCCUUCCAUCAGAUAUGCCUCGAGCUAGAGCUAUGGGCCGACCCACCACCCGCGAAUUGGAGGCCACCAUUAUGAAAAGGACGACAAGUGACAUCCCGACGCGGAGAUCAACUAGACUCGCGAGUUCUGGAGCAUCUGUGACACGCCCUACGAAACCUGCCCUGCUUGGCAGGAAGGUACCCGCGGCGAAAGGUCGGUCAAAAUCAACAUACUCAGAUGAGACACCAACGGCUGGUGGGCUGGGAUCGCAUGAUACAUCACUUGGAAGCACCUUGCUUCCCCAGCGCAAGCCAGCCCAACCUAUGGCAGCACCGCCCGCACCUCCUGCUUUCCCAAGUACCGCAAGAAGAGAAGAGGCGGAAAGUUGCGUGUUGAAGUUGUUCGCACAGUUGGCCGCGGCUGUCUACGCGCUGUCCAAAUACGAAUGUGGGAAGGCUAUCGACCUAUUUCGUCAGUUACCACCAGAACAGUACGAGUCGGCAUAUGUCUUAAGUAAAGUUGGUAGGGCUCAAUUUGAGUCGGUAAAGUAUGAGGAGGCCGAAAAGGUGUUUAGGAGGCUAAGGGAAUUGCAUCCUAUGUGCCUCGAAGAUAUGGAGGUUUACUCUACUAUCCUGUGGCAUCUUCGCAAAGACGUCCAGCUGUCGUAUCUUGCACACGAGCUUCUUGAUAUUGAUCGACUAUCUCCGCAAGCAUGGUGUGCCGUCGGCAAUUGCUUCAGUUUACAACGCGAGCACGACCAGGCCAUCAAAUGCCUUCAACGAGCCGUUCAUCUGGAUUCGGAGUUUGCUUACGCGCAUACGUUGGAGGGGCAUGAACACGUUGCCAAUGAAGAAUGGGACAAAGCACAAUUAAGCUUCCGAACAGCUAUCCGACUAGAUCGAAGGCAUUACAAUGCCUGGUACGGUAUCGGAAUGGUUUACAACAAGAUCGGAAAGAGCGAUUUGGCAGAACAGCAUUUCCGCAGAGCUGCGGAGAUCAAUCCCUCCAAUGUCGUGUUGAUAUGUUGCAUUGGCAUGGUUUUGGAAAAGCACAAGAGAUUUCAAGAAGCUCUGGUACAGUACAACCGGGCCUGUCAGAUUUCACCAUCGAGUGCUAUGGCAAGGUUCAAGAAAGCAAGAAUUCUAAUGAUGCAAGGCGAAUACAUGCUUGCUUUGCGUGAACUCCAAGCUUUGAAGGAUAUUGCUCCCGAUGAAGGCAAUGUGCACUUCCUUCUCGGUCAAAUCUACAAGCAUAUCAACGACAGAUCAGCGGCCAUGCGGCAUUUCACCAUUGCCCUAAAUCUCGACCCUAAGGCUGCUCAUCUGAUCAAGGAAGAGAUCGCAUCUGGAGCGCAAUACGACGGAGAAGAGGGGGACGAAGAUAUGGGAUCCAGCAUGCACGGGGCGUGA